UUGCAAAAUCUGUCACAGCCCUCCUUCAGUACCUUGCCAACAGGAGCAACGCUAACGCGAACCCUGUUUGUCGAUAAUUUGUCGCAUUGGAUUGGUUUUGGCGACGGGUAAUUUGAGGGCUCAGCUUCCACCGUCCCUGCUGUUCUGCGAUACGAAGCUGAAGGAGGGAAAUCAUUUUGUUUUUAACAGUUGACAUCUGUAAAGUUAUUUGACUCACAUCCAGUGUGCGACGCAGGUUUUUAAGUUUCUUACAACGUCGACUGGCAACAAGAAAGACAUCAGAAAAUCCAGGAUGUUACUUAACCUUAAAUGCGCAAGCGGAGCCUUUGGCAGGGUUCGUGCCAACCUUUUACGCGGGCACAGCGAUGCAAGUCAGUUUCACUUUCAGGAUGGGAAUACUCCAGACACAGCUGGAACAUGACUGCAAAAAUCUGUAUCCUUUGCGUAAUUUAUUGCCUCUGCUGCCUCGCGGGGCUGCAUGCCUCUGAAUGUGGGGUUCAAUGGAACAGCUAGAAGAGGAACUUACAUGCCCGAUCUGCUGCGGUCUCUUCGAGGACCCACGGGUCUUGUUGUGCUCGCACAGCUUUUGCAAGAAAUGCUUGGAGGGACUCUUGGAGGGCUACCGAGGUCCAGCUUUCAGAACACCCUUCAAAUGCCCCACAUGCCGCAAAGAGACCCCUCACAACGGCGCAAACAGCCUGCAGAUCAACUAUUCCCUGCGCGGAAUAGUGGAGAAGUUCAGCAAAAUCAAGGUUCUGCCCAAGAUGUGUGUUUGUAAACAACACUGCGGCCAGCCGCUCAACAUAUUCUGCGCCACUGACUUGAAACUCAUUUGUGGAUUUUGCGCAACGACGGAUGACCACCGAGGACACAAAUUCAGCUCCUUGGAGGAUGCAUAUGAGCGGGAGAAGGAGGCGUUUGAAGAGCUGCUUAGCGGAGCGGAGAGCUGGCAGAGCGCAGAUAUCCUGUCCUGCCUGGAGACACUACAAGCCAGUAAGAAAAAGGCGCUUCAGUCGGUGACCAAGGACGCAGAAAAGGUAGCCGAUUAUUUCGACAAACUCAUCAGCUCCCUCGAAUGUAAAAAGAACGAGAUCCUGUCCGAUUUCGAAACGCUCAAGCUGGUGGUGAUGCAAGCGUACGACCCGGAGAUCGCCAAGCUGAGCGCAGCGCUGGAGGAGCAGAGCCGAGCGCUCAGCAUCGCGGACUCCUUCAGGAGCGUGUCCGACCCCCUGUGCUUUCUGCAGCAGAUGCAAGAGUUCCGAGAGAAGUUGGGCUUCCUCAAGGAGACGCCGCUGCCCUCUCGGAAAGACAUGGACGUGGGUCCCCUUGUGCGUAAUUUUGAUGUGAAGAAGUGGGACUCGCUGAGGCUCCGAGAAGUGGACAAGAUCUCAGUCCCACACGAGAACGGCUGCUACCGAACGGGGGACUCGCGGAUGGCAGUGCCCAGAUGGAUGAUCCUGGUGAUUAGUUUGCCACUGCUCCUGCUCCUCCCGCUGCUGCUGCUGCCGCCGCUGCUCAACAUCGACAUGACCUCGAAGAUUGAACCAUUUGUCAGUGUAGUUUCCUCUCAGCUCACCCACACCGGUGUGUACCUGCGGGAGAUGAGUGACAUGUGCACAAGUUUGAUGGAUGCAGGUCAGGAAUGCAUCGGGAGGUUAAUUGACUCCACCGUCCACUUUAUUGGCAGCUGUGAGUUAUUUUAACACCUGGCCUGUGGCAUCUCACAACUACAAAAUCAUUUCCAAAUGAGAUGCACAACACUAGUGAAGACACCUCAUUGUUUACCAAGUCUCUCUCUAUUUUUUUUUCUUUUUAUUUUGAAGCGCACAUGCUGCAACCUCAGUGAAGCCAUAGAAUCAAACAGAAUCAACCACUAAUCCUCAGAGGUUGCAACCUGCGUCUACAUAUAGACGCUUAAUCACACUUUCUUCCACGAAUGUGCAAUCCAUUCCUUCUUUUUCUAAACACUAUGACAAUUUUCUACGUGUCCAAGAUCAACUAAAUAAAAGUGAGAAAUUUAAGUCA